AUGGCGUCCACCGGCUUGGCCAAGGCCUACUUCGAGAAACUGCAGGAAGCAGAGCGACAGAUCUUCGAGCUCACAGAGACCGUCGCCGAGAGGGACAAGCAAUGGACAGAGUUGAACAACUCCAUGAAGACAGAAGAUGGUUGUGGCUCAGCGCCAUCGAAGGACGAUGAGACGGAGCGCGACCUGCGCGCACAGCUGAACGCCCCCGAGAGGGAGGCAAACCACCAGGACUAG